AUGUCUCGCGUGGCGGUCGUCACCGGUUCCAACAAAGGCAUCGGUUUCGCUAUCGUCAAGAGAUUGUGUGAGGAUUUCGAUGGAGUCGUGUACCUCACGUCACGAUCCGAGCACCUCGGCGCGGCCGCAGUCGGAAAACUCAAAGAACAAGGGUUACGUCCUGAAUACCAUCAAUUGGACGUGACUGAUAGGCAGAGCAUUACUAAAUUCAGAGAUCACCUCCAGAAUAAACACGGCUCAAUAGACAUUCUAAUCAACAACGCCGGAUACGCGAGCGGAUACGGUAACGACUCAUUCGAAGAGUGCAAAAAAGUUAUCGAUAUCAACUACAGAGGUGUACUGAACGUGCAAGAAAUUAUAUAUCCUUUGAUAAGACGUAACGGUAGAGUCAUUAACGUGUCCAGUGACUGUGGACAUCUGUCUAACGUGAGAAACGAGGAGUGGAUAGAACGAUUGUCUAAGCAGGAUCUGAAUAUUGAGGAUGUUAACGAAUUUGUCGACUGGUUUCUAGAAUCCAAAAAGAACGGCACAUUUAAGACGAGCGAUUUUGUCGAAGACGGUCAUAUCGUGGCCUAUCGUGUUUCCAAAGUGGCUUUGUGCGCCCUGACGCUAAUACAGCAAAAAGAGCUAGAGAGUAGAGACAUAAGCGUAAAUUCCUUACACCCAGGAUUCGUCAGAACCGAUAUGACCAUGAAAAUCGGAUUCUGUACAGCCGACGAGGCAGCCGAGACUCCGGUAUACCUGGCAUUGCACGCUCCGCAGUCGCUGCGCGGCGCUUACGUGUGGCACGACGGCACCACGCGAGACUGGCACGAUCACGAAAACGCGUUGUUCUUCACUUUGGCGUUUGCGAGAAGCUGGUUGCUGACUAGCCUAAUCGCGAAUGUAAAGGACUACUUUGCAGCGUGGCUCAGCUACUUGCUAGAUAAAUUAAAGCGAAAACCUAUAGCGAAUGGCGCGCGCUAG